GAUUUAUUUGGGAGCGGGAAGCGGAUUAGAGGGAAAUGUCUCCUCAUCCUAAACAGUUCCCUUCCCUCCAAACCUUUCACUACUUCGGAGCAGAGGACGUGUGCCCUGCCUCCGGUCUGCAUUCUCACGUGUGAACGCAGAGCCCAUCCUGCCCCCUUGGAAGCCGGUGGGGUCGGGCCCCUCGUCUCAGAUUUCCGGAUUGGCCCCUACAUUGGGGGGCGCUUGAGCUCAGCCCCUCCUUGCUCAUCAACCACUCGCUGCCAUGGGGGCUCUCUGCACGGGUCACUGGGGGAGGGAGGCCUGGGAGCCCCCCAUUCCAGCUGGGGGGCGCAGGGCCCCUAGGAGCCCGCUGCCCCGCCCCUCGCAGGACGCCGCGAGCAGCCGGAGGCGGAGGAGGGCGCUGCUGCACGCCUCGCUCUGCGCCUCUCCCGGCUGCGGGGCCGCCAUGUCUCCGCUGCGCUGGGGCGCUUGGCUGCUGCUGCUCGCCGGCCCCGCAGCCUCCACCGCCAGCCCGGCAGACGAGAGCGGCGGGGCGCGGGGCGGGGGCCGCGGGGACGGGGAACGUGGGGCCGGGGACGAGCCGCAGCGGCAGCACCACGACUCCUCGUACGGCACCUUCGCCAGCGAGUUCUACGACCUGCGCUACCUCUCCGAGGAGGGUUACCCUUUCCCUACUGCUCCUCCUGUGGAUCCAUUUGCAAAAAUUAGAGUGGAUGAUUGUGGAAAAACCAAGGGAUGCUUUAGGUAUGGUAAACCUGGAUGUAAUGCCGAGACUUGUGACUACUUUCUCAGUUAUCGUAGAAUAGGAGCCGAUGUCGAGUUCGAGUUGAGUGCUGACACUGAUGGCUGGGUGGCAGUAGGAUUUUCUUCAGACAAGAAAAUGGGCGGAGAUGACGUUAUGGCUUGUGUUCAUGAUGAUAAUGGAAGGGUCCGAAUACAGCACUUUUAUAAUGUUGGUCAGUGGGCUAAAGAGAUCCAGCGAAAUCCAGCUAGAGAUGAAGAAGGGAUUUUUGAAAACAACCGUGUGACUUGUCGAUUUAAACGUCCUGUGUAUGUUCCCAGAGAUGAAACUAUUGUAGAUCUUCACUUGAGCUGGUACUAUUUGUUUGCUUGGGGUCCAGCAAUUCAGGGUUCUAUAACUCGGCAUGACAUAGACUCACCGCCUGUAUCAGAGCGUGUUGUCAGUAUUUACAAGUAUGAAGACAUUUUUAUGCCAUCAGCUGCCUAUCAAACCUUUUCUUCUCCAUUCUGUUUGCUUCUUAUUGUUGCACUGACCUUUUAUUUAUUGAUGGGAACCCCAUGAUCACAGCUGGAUAUAUAUGGAAGAUUGUGAGAAUUUGUUAGUGAGAGUUCCUCAGGAUGGAUGCAUUUUCUGUUGGAAUUCAUAUCACAUCGUCUAGCUGCUUUGUUGACAAUUUCAUCUUCUCAGCAAGGAAAUAACCUCUCCUUUGAGCAGUAAAGGUGUGCCAAAUAAUUAAGAAUAAUCAAGGAGCAAGUAACAAACCAUUUCCAGUGUAACUACUAGUUGUUUAAUGAAAAAUACUUUUGUAAAGUGUGUGUGUGUGUGUAUGUUGGGGGAAUUUAGUAAUGGACAUGUAGAAUCAAAUUAUUUAAUACACAGUUUCCUUCAAGAAAUAAAAGUUGGGGAAAUAUUGUCUGUUAAA